AUGGUAUCGUGUAUCGGAUUCAUCAGCCCUAUAUCCAAUACCAUCGUCACAGCGUGUGAUAUUAUCCCGAACAUUGUUGCUUAUCAAAAAUGCUGACGAACGUGAUGCAGGCAAAUGGGUCUGUCAAGCAUCAAAUCAAUUUGGCGAACAGCGGAUUGAAAUUCGUUUAUUUGUGAAUUCAUAUGUUUCCGUUCACAUCUUGCCACAAGUUCAAAUUGUCAAUUCGGGUGGAACGGCAAUUUUCAAUUGUUCGACAACGGGUUCGGCGAUCGAUAACAUCGAAUGGCUGCACAAUGGCAAACCAUUGCAGGAGGAUAAUAUUCUAACCACUGGACGUGAUAACUUACGUUUUUUGGCGAAAAAUUCUUUAAUGAUAACGAAUGUAGGUCGCCGAGAUCGUGGCGUCUAUCAGUGUCUGGUUGAAAAUCAAAAGUCGAGUGCCCAAGCCAUGGCUGAAUUAAAAUUGGGUGAUACUGUGCCAGAAUUGAUUUAUACGUUCAUUGAACAGAACGUACGACCUGGGCCAUUAAUAUCGCUUAAGUGUUCAGCCAGCGGUUCACCGCCACCACAGUUCUCCUGGCUAUUGGACUCCCAGCCCAUUAUGGAUGUUUCUCUGCAUCAUCGCUUUGCAAUUGGCCAAUUUGUCGAUAUGUCUGGCGAUGUGAUAAGUCAUUUGAAUAUUUCACAUGUACGACCCGAUGAUGGUGGACUUUAUAAAUGCAUAGCAACGAAUACGAUGGGCAGUGUGGAACACUCGGCACGUCUUAACGUUUAUG